AUGUCGAGCGACGAUUUGAAUAAACGUAUAGCUAAAUAUCUUGAUGAUCAUCAAAAAGAUUACAUUCAAAGAUUGAGCGAUGCUGUGAGUAUUCCAUCUGUAUCAGCAUGGCCUGAACAUCGACCUGAAGUUGUUCGUAUGGUCGAAUGGACGAAAUCUUUCAUGGAAACAUUGGGUAUUACAGUUGAAUUAGCUGAUGUUGGCGAACAAAAACUGUCGGAUGGUACAAAACUUAAAUUACCAAAUGUUAUUUUAGGCACUUAUGGAAAUGAUACAGCUAAGAAAACUGUUAUGAUCUAUGGCCAUUUGGAUGUUCAACCAGCUCAACUUUCAGAUGGUUGGGACUCCGAACCAUUUGUACUAACUGAAAGAGAUGGAAAAUUAUAUGGCCGUGGAUCAACUGAUGAUAAGGGUCCAGUUAUUAGUUGGCUUAAUGUUAUUGAAGCAUAUCAAAAGCUGAAUGAACCAUUUCCUGUAAAUGUUAAAUUCGUUCUUGAAAGUAUGGAAGAAUAUGGCAGUGAUGGUCUUGAAGAUUUACUUAAAUCGUUGAAAAAUACAUUCCUCUCCGGAGUCGACUAUGUUGUUAUUUCGGAUAGUUAUUGGUUAGGUAAAACAAAGCCUUGUUUACAAUAUGGUCUUCGAGGAAUCUGUUAUUUCUUUCUUGAUGUUGAAUGUUCAACAAAAGACUUACAUUCAGGUUGCUUUGGCGGUACAAUUCAUGAAGCCAUGACCGAUUUAAUUGCUAUAAUGGGUACAUUAGUUGAUAAUAAAGGUCAUAUUUUAAUUGACCGUCUGUACGAUGAAGUUGUACCACUUACAUUAGAAGAAGAAGAACUUUACAAACCAAUAACAUUUGAUACUGCUGCUUAUUGUUCGGAAGCAGGUGUUCAAAGUACGAUUCAAUCGGAAAAAGAUCAAAUUUUAAUGCAUCGAUGGCGAUAUCCAUCAUUAUCUCUGCAUGGAAUUCAAGGAGCCUUCGAUGGUUGUGGUUGCAAAACAGUUAUACCACGUCAUGUUAUUGGGAAAUUUUCGAUCCGUAUCGUUCCAAAUAUGAAAAUAUCAACUGUAGAAAAAUUAGUUGAAAAUCACGUUCAAACAAUAAUGAAAGAACGAAAUUCUCCAAAUAAAGUUUCGGUUAAAUUAGAACAUGGCGGUGAUUAUUGGAUUGCUGAUCCAAAUAAUCCUCAAUAUGUUGCAGCGCGUAAAGCAACAGUUGCUGUUCAUGGUAUUGAACCUGAUUUGACACGUGAAGGUGGUUCAAUUCCAAUUACAUUAACAUUUCAAGAACAAACAGGCAAAAAUGUUUUAUUAUUACCAAUUGGUGCCAGUGAUGAUGGCGCACAUUCGCAAAAUGAAAAAUUUGAUAUUAGUAAUUAUAUGAAUGGAAUGAAAGUAAUGAGCGUCUAUUUUCAAGAAUUGGCUAAACUAUAA